UUCACUAAACUGCAGCUCAUGAUCGCCUUCGCUGUGUCGCCUGUUAGUGUGGAGGUGUAGUAGUCAUGACAGCCUCAAACACCGGCCAGCUCCCCCCACCACCUCCGCCUCCUCCCACGGCUCGCUGUGGACGCUCCUCUCAGGCGCAUUGCUGCGCUUCCCUCGCUCUCCCCGGCGUUGUUUUUGGACCAUAGUGUCCCGCAGUGACCAUCGACUGACUGCCGGGACUGCAGCAAGUAGUGUGUGUGCUCGGUGUACCCAGAGAGCUCAGGCAUGCCAUCUGUCUCGACUGGAAACACUGUUGUCUGGGCCGACGUUCGCUUUACUACUUGAGGGAAUCAAAGUUGCUGCAAUGGAGACUUCGGAGAGUGAUGCAGCGGUCACAUACUUGGGGAAAACUGAGGACAGAGACGGCUAUUAUGAUCUGGAGCAUCUGCCACCUCUGCUGGAGGAUGAGGAGAAUGUAUCUUUGGCAGACAUCCUGUCACUGCGGGACAGCUGUCUGUCUGAGGAGGAGGUGUGGGCGGUGUGUGCAGAGUGCGUCCUGGCGCUGCAGAGCAUCCGACCCUCCCACCUCUUCCACACCCUGUGCAUAACACCGGACACUCUGGCCUUCAACGCUCAUGGGAAUGUUUGCUUCAUGGAGCAGCUCAGUGAUGAUCCGGAAGGGUCCUUUGUGCCACCUGAAUUUGACAACACGGGCAGCACGUUCGAGGGCCAUGUUUACUCUCUGGGCUCCACACUUUCUGCUGCACUGAACUUUGUCAUCGAGCCAGAGCUGGAGGCAGAGCUGGGAGAAGAAAUCCAGAGGCUGUUGGAGCAGAUGCAGGAGGAGAACCCUGAGGACAGGCCGCUCCUGCAGGACAUCCUGUCUCUGGCUGAAGCCAGGCUGUCUCAUAUCUCCUCUACAGCUGUGUGCCGGAAACUGUCUUCGGUUGGGCGACGGGUGCUUUCUAUCGAAUCAGUGUCAGCCUUUCAAGAUGGACAGGAAGGCUCCUGGGAGGCAAGAUGGCAGCAUCCCAAACCCAGAUGUCUGCUUAAAAGACUGAGCUCGGAAGACAAUACCAAAGACCUGUGUGUUGACAGUUCUGUUAAAGCUAAUGGUCUGUCCAGGCAGCAGGUGUGCGGGGGCUGGGAUUCCUCCCUCUGGGCAGAGGAUAUGGAAAGUGGUGAAGGAGACGGGAUGAUCUUGGCAGAUGAGUUGGACUGCAGGUCCCACAACAGCUCUCCAGUGCGGAGGAGAGCCCAACAGAGGCUGAACAGGGUGAGGGGGGCUCUGAACCGCUCCUGCUCUGUCCCAGACUCCAACAACCCCCCUUGUCUCACCCCUCAAACCCACGGAGAUAUCAGUGUACCUGUAUCCGACCUCACUGAGAUAGGAGCGGACGAACACUUGAGCUGCACGUCUGUGUGGAGUAACAGACUUCAGAGACUGAACCGGGGCAAGUCCUGUGAGUGUUACCCACACAGUAGCACUGAGGAUUGUGUGAACUCAGUUGUGGACAGCCAAAUGUCACGAGGAAAUGAGGAUGCUGCAGAGACAUUAUGCUGCGGAGGAACACAGAUUCAAGGGUGCCAGGAAUGUGAAUCUAAGGACUGCACCCAGGAUUCAGCCUCUUCCUGUGCCUCCUGUCAAGAGCUGGACAUGGAACAGGAGGACCAGAGCUCAUUGACCCCCAGCCUCUACAUUCCUAAUAACUACAUGACCAAAAGCAUGCUGUGCCUCAAUGAAGAAUCUCAGGAUGAGUGGAUCUCUCUGAGAGAGUUACUGACUCGGUGUGGACGGAGGCUGACAGUUAAUGAGCUGUGGGCUCUGUGCUACACAUGCCUGUCCACACUGCAGACCUACAUUGACUUUCCAGCCUACCUAUGCCUGGACACACUGCAUGUUGGCUGUGAGGGAGAAGUACUUUUCCUGAAACCUAAAAACAUUGGAUCCCGAGAUGAAUUUUAUCUUGCCCCUGAAUAUCAAGAACAUGGAAUUGUGACAGAGAAGGUUUGUGUGUAUGGGGUUGCUGCUAUUCUAUGGGCUACAGCCAAGUUCAGUUUAUCACCUAAUCAAAAACUGGCAAUGCCUCGCAAACUGAAGAGACUGCUUCUGGAGAUGGCAAAGAGGACGCCCAUUGAGAGACCGACCAUCAUCAUGGCUAAAAAAAGCUGUCGUGACUACUUAGCAUGUCAAGGGACGAAUGCUGAGACAGUGUGGAACGACCUCAUCAGCAGAGUUCACCCGUCAGCCUCUAAAUCCAGUGAUGCUGAUGAUUUAAGCGCAACUGAAACUAAACAAAGCUCAUGUGAAGAGUCCGCACAAAACAGCGGCUUUGUGCCCAUGGCCACUGAGAGCCGACUGGCUCCUGUGCCUGGCCCUGUUCCCCACAGCUAUCCAGUCACUAAGGAGCUCCAACUACCAGAAGCCUUCACUUCCACUGCCACACACUUCACCCCCAUCAUCCUGACCAAUGACGGGGACUCAGAGGAGGAGAGCCAACACCUUGGAGUUGCCAUUGAUGGGACUGUGGAUGGAUUCACAAAAAGUAGUAACUACAUGGAGGAAAGGGACCUUGAUUUCACGUCACACUCUGAGUACCCACACCCUACACCGACUGAACCCAGUCUACAUCCACAGGAGUUGCCCGUUAAUCAAGCAAACAUAACAACAACUUUUACAACUUCCAGCGACAAGAUGCCGGUCAGCCCUACUCCUCCUCUCCCUGAUAUUUCCUGUCUUGAAGUCUCUCUUCCUCCACCAUUAUCCACUAACCUCAGCGGUUGUGGUGUUUUCAACAAUUACCUCUUCCGUCAGGAUCCCACAACAGGACAUCUUUCCUUAGUGCCCGUGCAAGUGAGGGCUCCCGAGGCUCUCCUUGGGUUGGAUAUAAAUCUCUCCCUGGUGCCACAGGCUUUGCAGGGACUAAUCACAGUUCCAGAGAGCACUGAUGGUCCAUUUAUUAACUGUCUGAAUGUGCCUGUGAGGCCUGGACCCCAGGAUUAUGGCCCACCAUCAUCCUGUUUCAAUGGCAGCUCCAUCAUUUCUUACAGCCCUUUGGAGCACAGUGUGCCCAGAGCGUACAAUGGACAAACAAAUCCAGGAGCACAAGGUGAGAGCCAGUCUCCUUCAGAGUUCAUCUCCCCUAAAGUUCACCCUGCCCUACAGGAGGUGAUUGACCUGCUCAGGGGAGAGUUUUCACUUGAUGGGUAUUUGGACAAUGGACACGAGGACAUCGACAUGGGGGAGUACAUCUUCUCUUUGAAGGACCUCCAGUACAAAACGUUUGCCAGUGUUGUGAAGGAGAGGUUCAGUGGUCUGUAUUGGGAAGACGACUUGCUGGGUGUAUUGCACUGCCUGGUUAACUACAGCCCGUCCACACUCCGCUCUAAUGAGCAGCCUCCAUCAAAGGCUGUGAAAAGGGCAGCCUUUACCCCACCCUUAAUAGCCGCUGUCUGGGGAGGGAAGAGAGAAGUUUGUCUGCAUGAGUGUCUCGACCUGAAUGGAAACAUUCACACAACCAGUCCUGCUGCCGUGGAUUCUUGGGAAGGAACCGAGGCCCGGUCCUGUCACGGAGAAAAUGAGGCUGCACUUGAAGGUUUUGCCUUAAGAUCAGAGGAGAGUCAACGCUGCAUCUUUCAAGGCGUGAGCACUGACAGUUCGGAAGCGGGGGUCAUGGAGGGAGGAGAUCAUUCAGCGGGGGGCAGCGAUGAAAGCCCCUCUGAAGCUGAGUUUUUAUCGGGGAGAGACGAAGGGCUGACGGAAGCCCACGACGAACAGAUGAGCCCCGACUGCUAGGUGGAUAUGGAGGAUAGCGACUCUCUGGUGUCGGAGCGACUUCUCUCACCCUCAUCCAAAGCAGAGGGGCCGGGGCUCAGCUGCAGCCCAGCCUGGGCCUUGGCCUUCUUUGGAGAAGAAUGUUUCAGUCCAGAGGUGAUCCAGUAUGCAGUGAAUCUGGGGCAGCACACAGGAUCACCAUGUCUGGAUGGGAAAACACAGGAACUGCAGCAGCAGCUGAUGAUUGAAACAAGGAAUCUAAAGAAAACGAGAAAUUUCUACCAGAAGCUGCUUCAACAAGAGAGAAAAAACAAAGGUUCUGACAACAAACUGAUGCUAUCCAAGCUCAAGUCCCAGCUUGAAGAACUCAGAUCCAAAGUGGUCUUCUUGGAUUGUGUGAAGAAGUACCUUGAGAUUCUGAGUGUAGACCAGUGGGGUUUGGAGGUGUCUUUACUGUCUUCUUUGGCGGUCUGUGGACCUGGCUCUUUGGACUUCCAGACCUCUGAGGACCCGUCUGUUCUGAGCUUCGGUACAUGUAAAGGGAAGAGCACUCUGCAAGCUGGGUCUCCUCUGGGCCUCAUGGCUUACCUCUACUCCAGAAAUGCUGCAGUGGAGGGCUACAUCCAGCAGUUCCUGUAUACCUAUCGUUUCUUCUGCACUCCUGAGCAGCUACUGCAGUUCAUCAUGGAUAAAUUCAUCAGUGCUGCAAGACAAGGUCCAGACCUGUCAGGAGACAGUGAAAAGAUCUUCCAUCGCAGCUUGGACCUGCUCCAGUUGUGGAUAACGGACUGUAAACAGGUGGACUUCACACCUAAGUCCAGCAUUGUGGAUACGUUAGAAAACUUCCUUAAUACUGAGGUGAUUCCUGUUGAUUGUCGAGGUGAGGCCCUCCUUGCUGCUCUCCACAACCCUCCUUGUACGACGUGGAGCCAAGGAAGAGGAAGCCUAACCAGCUUUGAUGAAGAUGAUGAUUCUAUGUGUUUGCAUUCAUCUACUGAGGAUCUUGGGAGAAAGUGGAGAUUCCCGAGAGUAGUGGAGCCCUCUGCACCCCUGCCUAAAGAAAGGGCCUUCUCCAUCGCCUCAGCACUGCCUAUGCCUUGCUACGGCUCCCUGGUGGAUGACCUCUCCAACGUCUGCCUGCACAGCGAAGAGCGAGUGCCCUUCAGCCAGAAUGAAUACAGCGCACAGCACAUAAGCCAGCAGCUCACCCUCCUGCAGCAGCAAAUGUUCCAAGGUUGUCACCCGGUUCAUUUCCUCAACUCCAGAACACAAGGAGUCAGGGACAAGGUCUCUGCACCGAACAAGAAUGUGUCUCAGCAUAUCCCGCCAGCAGAGGGCAGCAGUCUACUUGUGUGUGAGGAGACACCAUCAGACAGCUACCUUCAGCAGCUGCUGACAUAUGCUGACAGUGUUGCUAACUGGAUCUCUGCUGAAAUAGUCAUCUGUGACUCUGUCAAGACACAAGUUGCUUUGCUGACCAAGUAUCUGUGGAUAGGAAAACACUGCUACGAGUCAAGGAACUUUGCCACAGCCAUGCAGGUCCUCGGAGGCCUGGAGAACGUGAUUGUCAGGCAAUUACCAGCUUGGAAACAUCUGUCUUCCAAGGUGUGCGAGAUCCUGGAGGAGCUUCGAGCUGUGCAGGUGUUUCUGAAGAGUGACGACCUGUGUCUGAUGGGAGGAGAGCACACAAGGAGGAGGCCCACCCUGCCGUCAGCGCACAUCCUGGCCAUGCACAUCCAGCAGCUGGAGAUCGGAGCCUUUACACUCACUACUGGGGCUUACAAGUGGACCAAGCUCAGGAGCAUAGCAAAGGUUGUGAGUCAGGUCCAUGCCUUCCAAGAGGCUAUUUACCCCUACAGCCCAGACCGAGAUCUGCAGGCCUACCUUCGGCGCCGCAUCAUCCGGUUCGCCACCUCUGACAUCCACCUCUUGGCCGCCGACAACGAUGCCAACUUCCAGCAGUCCAGUGAGCGGCAAACACGGAGGAUCCAGGACAGGAUGAAGAGGGUUAAAGCCACUUUCCAAUGAGCCCUCCACCAGUAGCAUGUCACAGCCCAGAGCAAGACACCAUCACCAGGUCAACACCUCAUGUCCAAGUUCAAACUGAGGCUCCAUGGCUAAGCAACAACCCUAGAUGCCUCUGUUGUCUUGGCAGCAGAGCCUUGUGGACUGGAAAACUUAUUCUGCAGACAUAUGUUCACUAUCUGUCACAUGCCCUUUAACUUACGUCAGCUCAGACUCCCAGGCAAACCUUAUGUAGGGCUCACACCCUGAAGAUGAAACAGGUUUGUUUCUCUCACAGAUCUGUUUGGUUAUGAUGUUAGCAUUUUACUUCCACAAAGAGAAGUGAUGUUUAUGAUUUGCAAUGAUUCUUUCGCAGCUCAUAUUUUGACAUUUUCUAUCGUUAUUUGUAGACUGAUCUGUAAUUUAACUGUUAAGGCCUACUACGUGGACUGAAUAUGGCAGCAAUGUAGAUCGUGUGUCCAACAUAACAAAGAGGGCAGCUGUAUGAGACCCUGAGACCCCCAGGGGCCUCCAAAAGCCACAUAUUUGCAGUGUAGCAAUGUGGUUAUAUGGUCAAAUGUACAUUUGUUUAGGAAUAUGCACCACUAAAGUACAACUGACACAAUGAGGGCCUUUAGUUGGAAUCCUGCUUCUGAGCCAGGGCUCUAGGAAUGUCUGUCCAUCAAUCCACUACUUUGGUCCAGGCUGAAAUAUCUCAGGAUGUUUGUUACAUAGAUUUCCAUGAAAUUUAGUACAAAUAUCCAUGGUCCCCAGAGGAUGAAUUCUAAGGACUCAGUCAUCUCCUGACUCUUCCUCUGGCUGACCAUGAGGUUGACAUUUGUGGUUUUCAAUGAAAUGUCUGCACAAGUAUUGGAUAGAUCGCCAUUAAAUUUGGUAAGGAUAAUCAUGUCCCAAUCAGGAUAAAUGUUAGCAUGCUAAACUGCUAAACCAAGAUCAUGAACACUAAGCAUUAAGCUUAAAACCGCUGUAUCUAAGUAUAGCCUCACAAAGUUUGUGUAGCUGAAGACUCUAAAGCUUUGUUUCCACCAAGCAGUUCAGUUCAGCUCUGAUUUUUACACAUUCCACAGUUAGUUUUGCAUUUCCAUUGUCAAAAGUUUGUUGAUGGUAGAAGUUGCCAUUUGUUUGUAGGCCAACACAAACAACAAACUAGCUGACUUCAAGACAAGGUCUUGCUAAAAUGCAAAAUGAUUGCUGGUUUUAGGACUCAUUCCUGUACCACUCUAUGGAACCACUCCAUCCUGUUUUUUAUUACCCCUCUGUUGAGGUACCUAGCGCACCGGUCCGAUAGAAACAGUGCACUGGUCAAGAGAAUCGUCACUCUUGCUUGACGAGGAUUGAAUGCACAAACCCACUAUUUUUAAAUACCCCAUCGAUUGUGACAGAGAAUCUUAACACACUAGCCUGGUCUCUCUUUUUCUCCCAGAAAAGAUCAGGGCACAGCCUCUAUCUAUGGACAAUAAGUGAAAUGCGGAUGCUCCUUUGCAUUGUCAGUGAAAAGGAAAUACAGCAGGAGCUGAAUGGAGCAGUUAUGUGUCUGUUACCAUCCUGUAACAACCCAGCCUAAAUUUAAAAGUACUGUAAUAGACCUUGUCUCAGAUGUGAGGCUUAGAGAGCCUGCACACAGAAUAUCUCUACUGUGCACACAAAUAGUAAUCUCCUGAGCUCUAUGCCCCCUAAAGUGCCACUCACACUGGCCAAAACAAGUGUACAGGGGCUCACGCCAAUAUAGAUCACCACAGAGGAAUUACACCCCUUUAGGGCACUGCAACCAAACACUGCAUUGCAAUUGACUCCAGAAUAACAACCUUCUCAGGGCACAACACACCAUACUGCACCACAAACACACCUGUGCUAUCAGGGCACAUGUGCAGCAACCCCGCAGGAUUUAUUUAGGCACCUUUAACUGUUUGCCCCCACCCUGGUACUCUGGCUCUUAGCUGCUCUUUAAAAUCAAUAACAUCUGACAAUAAAUUACACCAGCUAUAAACAAAGCAGCAGCUCAGGGGUCUGAGCUUUGGCGCUGGUCCGGCUUAAGUCACACUCUGGCGUGGAGACAACCAGUGGUCCAGUGCAGUGAGGCCUCCCCACAGACAGCAGGAGAGCCCCUUCACAAGCUGGAGAGCAGACAAAAGCACUCCAAAUUCCCUGCUAACUCUCCCCUCACCCUACCUCACGCAGGAACGUCUCCCUGACCCCACUAACUAUCUUCACCUUCUUCGAACGGUACCCGCCCCCGGUUAUGAGUGCACAAUACACCUGGCUCGGCUGGGCUUCUGCCCUGUAACGUUCGCCGAACGCUCCGCUCUCCAGAGACACAUGCACCCGCUCACUCUCCUACUUUCAAUACUUCUUUGUCUAAGACACUCUCUCCCACAGGUGCAGUCACUUCCUCUCCUCAUCUCAUGUGCAGUCACACAUCCUGCUCUCUUCCGCCUCCUUCCCUGAUACACAGCAUCACUCACUAUACUACCGUCUUGGGUGAAAAUGCAAAUCAUAGUGCCUAACGUGAAACUUAACCCUAAAGUGUUUGGUGAAAACGUGACUGGAGGGCUGGGUUAUUUGAGGAAAAAAGUAGGUCCUACCUCAUGUCUCACCACAUUGGAAGGCAAAAAGAUUAAAGCUAACUUGAAUGGCCACCCUGGAACACAUAGCGAAAAGCCUGCCAUCACAGAGAGGGGCAAGAAACCAUAAUCAUUUAAACAUGGGAUUAACUGUGCAUACUUCCAAACUGUGUCUUCUGGUCAUCAUUCAGUGUUGGAGUCAAUGAUACACACUAAAAGUGACAGAGACAGAAGUGUAAGGAAUGAAAAACGAGAUCUAGAGAGAGAAGUUGAAAGCCUGGCUCCUCUCACCUCUGCACAACUGGCCAAUUACUGUGUGAAGUGGAGGUGAAUGUUGGACUGUCGGUUUCAGAAGGUUACAGAAAUUGUCGGCCACUGAGUUCUGAAGCUGUUCAACCAUGCGACAACCGGUUCUGAUGGACUGGCGCCGUGCUACUGACUCUCGAGGCCCUGUCUUAGAAGGGCCUUGUGUCAGGAUCUAGCUUCAAGACUUUCAUCAUUUCAGCUGAUACUGUGCUUAUAAGGUGCAUAUUAGAUUACAUGUAAUCAUAUCACUACACAGCAAACCUGGGAACAUGAGUCAUUUGAGCAGAGGAACAGUGUGCAUGUGGCACAGAAAGGGGGGUAAAUAGGGCCCAGCAGCGAGGGUUUCCCCCAGGCGGCCUAACAGGUAAAUCCAUCCAUGUCAGACAUUCAGUUAAAAUCUAUUUGAUGUUGCUGAAACAUGUUUGACUUAUAGGAAAUGAGAUGCAUAAUUUGUUAAAUUUAAUGAAGGGUUUAUUGAUCAUAUAUUUUGCUAAACCUGUUUGUUUACCAAUUAGGAGCUCACCAAAUGAGAUUUAUACGACUAGAUUGGUAACUUAAUAUCUAAUAUUAACCCCAUUCAAACAGCACAGUGUGAGAUAAUUGCAUUUAUUACCCAUAGUGUUUUGUGAAGGGUGAAAGCGAGACGACUGUCCCGACAAUACCUUACCGUCACAGAGAAAAUGAUAGAACAUAAUGAGAUGUCAGUGUGCAAAAUGUUAUUUGAGGAAUGAUGUUCAGUCAAUGUCUAUUUUUCUAUUUUCCUGCCCGCUCUUUCUCUCCAUGGUCUUCUGUCGUGAGACGCACCGUGGAGAUGGAAUGUGACGUGCUAUGAAGAUUUGCUUAAUUUAGCCAAAUAAAUGAGAUUUUAUAAGCC